AAAGGUCUUACUGGUUUCUUACUGAAAGAGGAAGUAAUUGCACUCUCCUAUCUUUCUAUUUCUCUCACUUGGUAUUUUGUCAUUUUGGCAGUUCCUUCCUGUUUUACUGCUUGUGGUGAUCAUUUUCAACUCUCGGGCACCAAACCUUGGCUUUUAUUGUUCAGAUGGCACUGAAUGGAAAAGUUGCAUUGGUUACAGGUGCAGCUCAAGGCAUCGGGAAAGCAAUUGCUGAGAUAUUAUUGAAGAACAGAGUAAAGGUGAGUAUGGUUGAUUACAAUCGAUCAGAGGGAGAGGCCACAUCUGUUGCCUUUGGACAGGUCUAUGGAGCUGAGAACAUUCUUUUCCUUCACUCUGACGUAACAUCUGAGAGCCAGAUGCAAGAAACUUUUAUUAAAACUUUGGAAGCAUUUCAGAAGUUGGACAUUGUUUGUAACAAUGCUGGCAUCCUAGAUGAAGAGAAAUGGGAAAACUGUAUCAACAUUAACCUGGUUGGCCUGAUCAGAGCAAGUCAGCUGGCUCUGCAGCACAUGGGCAUGGAAAAUGGAGGUUCAGGAGGAGUGAUCAUUAAUGUGGCCUCUUUAGCAGCAUUUUAUUCUAUGGAGAUCGCACCAGUAUACACAGCCAGCAAGUGCGGUGUGGUGGGAUUCACAAGAGCUCUCUCUAUGAGCUCCAUGAAGAAGCAAGGAAUUCGAGUGAAUGCACUGUGUCCAUAUUUUGUUGACACUCCGCUUUUGAGACCUCAGCAUGGAGAUGGACAGAAGCUAUUUAAUGCCAUGAUUCAAUCAUGUGGGCCAGUUCUGAAGCCCUCUGAGGUUGCAGAGGCAUUCUUGGAACUGGUCCUGGAUCAGACCAGGAAUGGAGCGGUGAUGAAAAUAAUGCCCAAUGGCAAGACUGAGUAUGAGAAGCCACCAACUCUGCCUAAUGACACUCAGAAACCUACUUAAAGAUCCAAAGAUCUCCAGCAGAGAGCCAAGGCUCAGGAUAGUUCAGAACU